CUGGACCCAUCCACAUACAGAUAGAUAGAUAGAUACAAGAAUACUCUAGCCGACCUUCCUCACUUGUGUGUCAUGUGAUUUUUUAAUUUUUUAUAAUGUUUCCAACUACGCUUGUACCCUCAGAAGAUCUAAAAAUGGAUAUGAAUAAGGUAGAGAAGGUUGACCCACUGCAGAACCAGCUCUGCCGUGUAUGCGAGGAACCUGCGGCAGGAUUCCAUUUUGGAGCUUUCACCUGCGAGGGAUGUAAAUCCUUCUUCGGAAGAACAUGUAAUAAUCAAUCUGUUAUUCAGGAAUGUAAGAACAGCUACAGGUGUGUAGUGGAUAAGAAGAAUAGGACGGCAUGCAAGGCAUGCCGGCUCAGGAAGUGUCUCAUGGUCGGCAUGUCAAAGUCUGGAUCAAGGUACGGCCGAAGAUCUAAUUGGUUCAAAAUUCAUUGUUUAAUGCAACAGCCUCCCUCCAGCUCUCCUAGCCGUAGCUCUCCCCAACCCAGAUCAUGGAUCAAAUCAGAAGAUAAUCCCCAAUCAACCGAUAAAUCUUUCUCUUCAAAUUCUCGGUCUCCAUCUCCGGAAAAUCCACGAAAAAGACGACAUUUGAACCCCGACUCUCCCCCUCCUGCUCCGACAUCUCCUCUCUCUGCCUCUGAAACUAAUCCCACACUUUCAUUAUCCCAUCUUUACAAUCCUCUGCUGAUGGGAGGAGGACUAGGAGCAGGUUUCCCAUUUUACAAGCUUUCUCCCUUGUUUAACCAGAAUCCAUUCCUCGCACAUCCUCUACUCUACUCCAUCAAUCAGAGAGUAAGCAGCCAUCUUGGCGGCCAUAUUGGAUCUCCUCUUGAUCUACUUCAGGAGCACCGAGAACUCCUGGCUAGGUUUUCAGGAGCUCCGGUCCGGGAUCAUUCACCAGAUAAAGAUAUUGUUGACAAUUUCUCAGAAAAAUCCAUUGAUCAUUCAUCCAGCCAUUCUGAUCGGUCUAUUGAUCCCUGCGAUCAAUCUGGCGAUCAGUCGUCUGAAAGAUCUCUGUCUCCGGAACCAAUGGAUCUCAGUGUAAAGAUGGAAUCUAGAAUGGUUGUGACCAGCCAACCUGUAAGUUCAAGUUCAAGGAAGGAUGAAGAUGAAGAAGAUAGAAUAGAUAAGAACAGAAACCUGCUCUUUGUAAACAAACUAAACAGUGCAGUACACUCUUAAACUGUACAGUUUUGUUCACUUUUAAACCAUACAUUGCAGUACACUCUGAAACUGUACAGUGCUGUUCACUUUUAACUGUACAGUGUGCAGUGAUGAAAUUUAAAACUGUACAGUGCAGUAUACAUUUUAAACUGAACAGUACACUCUUAAACCGUAAAGUACACUCUUAAACCGUGCAGUACACUUUUAUAUUUCCCUUCUAUUAUCAACUUAUCAAAAAUAUCUUUAAUAACACUAUCCCACCAUCUCUUCCAACUCUUAUAUAACAAUAAUCUUUAAACCCC